AUGUUUGUAGACAAAGAUCACCGGUCCUCACUAGCAAGUACUUUUGACCAGGAUGAACUGCCGAUGGCAGUCCGUCAAGUGCAUUUGGCGCCAAGAAGUCCUAAUAUGGUCAAUGUAGGGCCUAUAAAAGAUGCCUGGCACACAUUCUACCUCCACGUCAUGCUGGCUAAAACUAUUCUCGCACUUUGUUUGGCGCACUUCGCGUCUGCACUAUCAUCGAACUCUACACAGGAACCUCCCUGCCCAGAUGGCUGGCUGCGUUUGUUCAAUUCGUGUUAUUUGUUCGAGACGAUGAAAUUGAGCUUUGACAUGGCCUCGUAUAACUUCGUGGUAAAUAGGUGCAAGAUUUUUUGUAACCCCGAAUUCGCUAGAAUGGAAGCCAUUGUCCGACAGAACUGCUCCGCUGCGCGCUGA